ACCAAACACAACAUAGAGAAAGAAAGGCUUUCUGCAGUCACACACAAAAAUGGCAGUUAAGAUUUCAGUUUUUCAAUCUCUUGUCUGUCUUUUCUACCGGUUUAUCCUCCGGCGAUACCGGAAUCCUAAACCAAAAUACCAAAAAUGCCCUUCUUCACUAUUUCAGUCUGACCUAUCACGCGACACAUUGAUCUUCAACUUAGAAAGAGCUCUUCUCAAAUCCGAGUCUCUCUUCCCUUACUUCAUGCUAGUAGCAUUCGAGGCGGGAGGGGUGAUAAGGUCAUUUAUCCUCUUCAUUCUAUACCCAUUAAUAACCUUGAUGAUAAGCCACGAAAUGGGUGUCAAAGUGAUGGUAAUGGUGAGCUUCUUUGGGGUCAAGAAAGAUAGUUUUAGAGCGGGGGGAGCGGUUUUGCCUAAACACUUCUUAGAAGAUGUCGGACUUGAUAUGUUCAAAGUGUUAAGGAAAGGAGGGAAGAGAAUCGUUGUGAGUUAUGACCUUCCUCAAGUUAUGAUUGAAGGGUUCUUGAGAGACUACUUAGAGGUUGAAGUUGUUGUGGGUAGAAAAAUGAAGGUCGUUGGUGGUUAUUACUUAGGAAUCAUGGAGGAUAAGACCAAACAUGAUCUUGUCUUUGAUGAGUUGGUUCGUAAAGAGAGACUAAACACUGGUCGUGUUAUUGGUAUAACUUCCUAUAACACAUCUCUUCACCGAUAUCUAUUCUCUCAGUUUUGCCAGGAGAUUUAUUGUGUGAAGAGAUCCGACAAGAGAAAGUGGCAAACCCUACCAAAAAGCCAAUACCCUAAACCACUGAUCUUUCAUGAUGGUCGUCUCGCAAUCAGACCAACCCUAAUGAACACUUUGGCCUUGUUCAUGUGGGGUCCAUUCGCAGUCUUAGCCGCAGCAGCCAGGCUCUUUGUCUCUCUUUGCAUCCCUUACACAUUAUCAAUCCCAAUCCUAUGUUUCUUCGGUUGCAGACUGACCGUCCAGAUCGACGACGUCUCAUCUCAAAAGUUAAACUCUAGUGAACGCAAAGGUUGUCUCUUUGCGUGCAACCACAGAACUUUAUUGGACCCUCUCUACGUUGGAUUCUCUUUAAAGGAGAAAAACAUCAAAACAGUUACGUACAGUUUGAGUAGAGUCUCCGAGAUUCUAGCUCCCAUCAAAACCGUUAGACUGAACCGUGAUCGGGUCAGCGACGGGCAAGCCAUGAAGAAACUAUUGACCGAAGGAGAUCUCGUUGUUUGUCCUGAAGGAACCACUUGUAGAGAACCUUACUUGCUAAGGUUUAGUCCUUUGUUCGCCGAGAUUAGUGACGUCAUCGUUCCCGUGGCAGUUACGUCACCCGCAACCUUCUUCUAUGGUACAACGGCAAGUGGUCUCAAGGCAUUGGACCCUCUCUUCUUCCUCAUGGAUCCUUAUCCGACCUACACAGUCCAGUUUCUUGACCCUGUCCCCGGUGUCAUGUGUCAGGAUCCUGAUGGGAAGUUGAAGUUUGAAGUGGCUAAUCAUGUUCAGAGCGCGAUUGGGAAGGCAUUGGAUUUUGAAUGCACCAAUCUCACUAGAAAAGACAAGUAUUUGAUCUUGGCUGGUAAUAAUGGCGUUGUGAAGAAAAAUUAAAUAUGUUCUCAGGAUUUGAGUGUGUAAUUUUCGGUGUAAAGUAACCAAAUGCUUCAUUGAUUUUUAUAUAUUUUAUUAUAGUGUUACGUAAAUGUUUUAAAAAAUAAUGAUGCGUAAAUUUAUGUAACUAUCUAUGUUUAAAAAAUAAUGAUGCGUAAAUGUA